AGCCGCGGGCCGGACGCCAAGUCCCGGCCGCGGAGGGUUGGGGGGUCGCGAAGCCUAUGGGCUGUCCCCCGCCCUGGCCUCUCCGGGGGCGGCUGCCCCUCACCCACCGCUCCACUGCUUCCCGCAGCCCCAGUGACAGACGGUGCCGCCGUCCCGCAGUGCCCGCCGCGGCCUCGGAAGACCCAGCCCACACCUGCUGAUGAGCUCCAUGAACCCCAUGAAACCCUCGCUGCCGCCUGCGCCCCACGGUGAUGGUUCAUUUGCAUACGAGGCUGUUCCUUGGCAACCAAGCACCAAUCAGCCACCGGGAUCCCUCUCCGUGGUAACCACUGUCUGGGGUGUCAGCAACCCCUCCCAGAGCCAGGUUUUUGGCAGCCCCAUGGGCCCUGGGGGGACCAGCUCCAGCACCCCACUGAUGCCUGGCAUGGCAGGCACCAGCUCAGGCAUGAGUUCACCGCCAUUCCUGCCACAGCAGCCCUUUGCUGAGGGGGCACCAGGGAAGGGAUAUGUGCAGCCAAGCAUCUAUGGCCGCAACUCCUACCCCAGUGGGCCAGGCUUCACUGCCAGCUACAAUGGUGGCCCGAGUGGCCCUGGAGGGAUGGGGCUCCCCUCACAUGCCAGCCGGGCCACUGCUGAUUUCACCCAGGCAGCAGCUGCUGCUGCUGUGGCUGCAGCUGCUGCCACAGCCACAGCCACAGCCACAGCAACGGUGGCAGCACUGCAGGAGAAACAGAGCCAGGAGCUGAGCCAGUAUGGUGCGGUAAGAGCCUGGCUGUGGCAGAACCAGGGCACUGACAGCCCCUCCUGCCCUGCCAUGACCCCUCUCUCUUCGUUGCUGCAGAUGGGCACAGGGCAGUCUUUCAGCAGCCAGUUCCUGCCCCAUGCCGGGCCCCGUGGCCCCACCAGCAUGAGCCCGGCUGGCAUGGCAGGUGUGGUGGCCCCCUCUGGUGUCUCCCCUGUGAACAUGAGCCCAGUGCGGGUGCCCGGGACUGGUCCCCUCUAUGGUGGGCAGCGAGUGCCUCAGCACACCUAUCCUGGCCCUUCCCAGAGCCAGCAGCUGCCCCGCCAGGGCCUUAAGCGGGCAUACUCCAAUGAGGGGUACCCAGCACAGCAGUACCUCCAGGGCGGGCAGUACACUGCAACUGGUGCCCAGUAUGGCCCCAGCGCCCCCCAGUCCUCCGCUCCGUCCCCCUCAUACCCUGGCCACAGGCUGCAGCAGAGCAUGGGCCAGUACCUCUCCGCUUCAGGCAGUGCUGGACCCUAUUACAAGCCAGCUGACCAGUUCAAUGGGCAGAGCACCAGCUUCAGCACCUACAGCCAAGCAGCCAUCAAUGGGCCGGGCCGGUCGCUGCCGGGGUACCCCAGCUCGCCACUGGCUGGGAACCCUACGCCACCCAUGAUGCCAGGCAGUGGCAUCCCCGCCUAUGCGUCCCCCGGUCAGGAUGUCAAGUCAACCUUCCUGGCAGACAUGAAGCCCAGCGUUGCCCCCCUGCACCCGUCCCCUUCGGGGCCGGCCCCCGGCGAGGAGUUGCGACUGACCUUCCCGGUGCGGGACGGCGUGGUAUUGGAGCCCUUCCGCCUGCAGCACAACCUGGCUGUCAGCAACCACGUCUUCCAGCUCCGUGACUCUGUCUACAAGACUCUCAUGAUGAGGCCUGACCUGGAGCUGCAGUUCAAGUGCUACCACCAUGAGGACCGGCAGAUGAACACCAACUGGCCGGCCUCCGUGCAGGUGAGCGUCAACGCCACACCACUCACCAUUGAGCGUGGUGACAACAAGACCUCCCACAAGCCACUCUACCUGAAGCACGUCUGCCAGCCUGGCAGAAACACUAUCCAGAUCACUGUCACCGCCUGCUGCUGUUCCCACCUGUUCGUCCUGCAGCUGGUGCAUCGGCCCUCAGUGCGCUCAGUGCUGCAGGGGCUCAUCAAGAAGCGUCUGCUCCCUGCUGAGCACUGCAUCACCAAAAUCAAGCGCAACUUCAGCAGUGGGACCAUCCCUGGGACACCAGGGCCCAAUGGUGAGGAUGGCGUGGAGCAGACGGCCAUCAAGGUGUCCCUCAAGUGCCCUAUCACCUUCCGGAGGAUCCAGCUUCCAGCCAGGGGUCAUGACUGCCGGCACAUACAGUGCUUCGACCUGGAGUCAUAUCUGCAGCUCAACUGCGAGAGGGGGACAUGGCGGUGUCCUGUCUGCAAUAAGACAGCCCUGCUGGAGGGGCUGGAGGUUGACCAGUACAUGCUGGGCAUUCUGAUCUACAUCCAGAAUUCAGAGCAUGAGGAGAUCACCAUCGACCCGACCUGCAGCUGGAAACCUGUUCCUAUCAAACCUGAUGUCCACAUCAAGGAGGAACCAGAGGGUCCAGCGCUGAAGCGGUGCCGGACACUCAGUCCUGCACACAUGGUGCUGCCCAACAUCAUGGAGAUGAUCGCGGCCCUGGGGCCUGGUUCUGUGCCCUUCCCGGCGUUGUCACAACCUCCAGUGGGGGCUGCCACCGACUACAGCACCCCGGGUUCCAGCUUUCUGGGUCCUGGGGGCUUCCCAGAGCCUUUCGCUGCCCCUGGCGUCCCUGGCACCUCAACGCUGAGUGACUUCACACCAGGCCCCCCUUCCAUUUCCUACCAGCCCAACAUCCCAGGUGGCCUUCUGGCCUCUGAGAAGCCUCCUGUGCCCCCUCUGCCUGCACAGCUUCCCCCACCGGGACGAAUGGAGCCGUCCCACCCCACGGUGCAGACGGGGCUGCACAACACUCCCUCGGGCAGCCAGCCGGCCUCCACUCUGCACUCCCGGAGCGCAGUGGCACGGCAACCCCUGGGACCCUCGGCCCAUACUGCCGACCUCGUCUUCCCCCCUGUACCCAGCAUGGCCGUGGCGGGUGAUGGCUCGGAGACUACCCUCGACCUCCUGCCCGAGCUGACGAAUCCUGACGAGCUGCUCUCCUACUUGGGGCCCCCCGACCUCCCCAGCAGCAGCAACGAUGACCUCCUCUCCCUCUUCGAGAAUAACUGAGCCAUCCUUGCCCCGCCCCCGGGGCUGGGGGGCAGCACUGUGUGCCCCUGCCCGCUGCAGAGCCGGGACCCCCCACGGCAGGGGCUUUCUCAAAGGGCUGCGAUGGGACAGAGGGGCUGAGCCACCCCAGAAGCACAAGGCUGUACAUAGUGUAGAAACACUACUGCUCACCUGAGACUCCCCAUAUUUAAAGGCAAGUGCGUCACUGCAGGGCUGCCUGUGCCCUCCUAUCAAUGUGCAAAUGCUGCUGCCCCUUACGCUGCACGGGUCUGGUGUGGUGUGUGGAGCCCUGCUCCCACCUCCCCCGCGCCGAGUUGCCCUGUAUGUCCCCGACGGCUAUUAAAGGAUCCUUCUGCAGGG